AAGGCAUACUGACGAUUUGGCCCACUUCUGGUUAUGAGCGCAAAUAUAAGAAUACGUACCGCGAUCUGAGUAUCGGAGAUAUAAGCCUUAUAUGUAAUACAGGAUAAUGUAGGCUGGGUGAAGCGUGCUGUGUAUUCCAAUUUUUUAGAGACUUUCACUUCAGGACGGGGUUCAAGCCACCAGAAAUGCGGACAACCCUCGCGAGCACACCAAGGGCGACUUCAAGUAGCGUAAGCACUGGCAUAUAACAGUAAAGUGACGAACACUUCUGCCUUUUUGACUCCUUGACAGAAAACAUGGCUGCGAUUACCCCGACCACCCAACCAACGACAGCAUACACAUCAACAUCAACUGUCCAGAGCAGCACCAGCACACCGAGCAGCAGUACCAGCACACCGAGCAGCAGCACCAGCACACCGAGCAGCACCACCAGCAUACCGAGCAGCAGCACCAGCACACCGAGCAGCAGCCCCCACGCAGCCGAGACCAUUCUUAUCAUUGCUGCUGCAGUGCCUUCAUGUAUUGCCUUUAUACUGGCCAUCGCUCUCAUCACUGUCAUAGCAUGUUGGUGCCGCAGUCGUCGACGUGCUAAGUUGAAGAAGAAACGAAAGAAGAAAACGAGUGUUGCAGUCAGCCUUGAAACGUUAGAGGAUGCACGGUCGAGAAGUUUGCGGGAAGCCCAAGCAAGUAGAUUACAGAUGCUACAAGAUGGAGCAAAACAACUAGGAUAUACAAACCCUCUAGACAUACAGAAUGAUGAGUUCUAUCAAAACAUCGCAGAAGACGAGGUUAAAGCGAGAUUCCACGAGAUGGAACAAGAUGCUGGGGGAUAUGUAAAUGUUGAACGGAAUGAAUUAUUACGUGGAGCAGUACCAGUACAAGAUGAUGGGGAGGACUACGAACAUUUCGAAACUAAAGGACAGGUCUCUGCACCGAUACAGGUCCCGGUACAGAACAAAAGUGAAAACUCAGAUGACGAAAAAGAUGAACAUGACUAUGUAAACGUGCCGAAAGGAGUAAAACCAGGACAAAGCGUAGUAAAAAAACCUGUACUCGCCAGGGUGCUCCAUAUGCUGGCGGAUAAGGCUGAAUGAGAUAGCCAGAGGAAUCCACGACAGAAACGAGAGACUUUAAGGCCAAGAUGUAUCCGAAAAUGUAGCCUUUUUAGUACCUGCAAAGCCAUCUACUGAAGAAAAAAGCAACCAACAUGGAUAUUUUCGCUAUGAUAGUUCAUCUUCUACUUUUUAGCAAGCUCCUAUCCCCUGGUAUUAUCUCGAGACGAUUAUGUUGAAUCAAAUGAUAGGUGCACCUUUUCCAAAGGUGGUUCUUCGUGUGUAGCGGUAUGUUUGGUUGGGGCACGCAGUUACUAGCUUUUGACAAAGCCACUUGACAAAAACAUAACGCCCUAGAGGUUUUUCUAAGGUCGGUUGGGGCACGCAUUUUCUAGUUUUCAACAAAGUCACUGAAAAACUAUGACCCUCCAGAGCGUUUUCUAAGGUUGGCUUACCAUGUAUAGAGCGCCUUGGGAUGGUUUGGGCUCGCAAUCCUCGUACCAGACGUAACUUCGACACUACCCUACAUGGGAACUGAAACCUGAAUAUUACUCCAGUCGACGCACAAGUCCAAACGGUGGAACGUGUGACAUUUUGAAUUCUUAUGUUGUAGCAUCCGUGGGGCCUGAUGUUUAUUAUGUUUAUUAUUAUUAUAUUAUGCCCUGCAAAAACCCUGUGAUAUGAGAAAUAUCCAUUUAUUAAUACUAGUAUAUUAUUGCACAUCCCACGAAUCUCAUAGUAUUAUCGCGUGAAGUGUGAAAUAUUCUAGACAAAGCGAACUACAUGUAUAACAAUUUUCAAGCAAGUUUUUGUUUUCUUACAUGUAUUAACCUCGGGCAGAUUCUGGAGACUGUAUUGUACAGUAUAUCCUUUUCGACAAGAUACCGCUCUGUUGAGAAGUGGUCUGGGGUUACACCAGGAGACAUCUGUAUUAGCACAACACUUGGCCACAUGAAGAGGACAUUUACCAUCCACCAGGCUGACAUACUGCCGGGACUUCCGUGAUGCAUUCCGAACAAAACUAGAACAGCCGACAACGGCAAGGCACUUUUUCCAAUUUCAGCAUCUAUCUUUGCAUGCACUGGUGCUUGAUCAGACAGUUGGUAACUGCCGCUGCUCUCCCCGCAUGCUGGCCACGGAUUCGACUAUUGUUAAUCAGAACGAGCAAAAACAUUCAAACUUUACCAGAAGAUAGUGCACAGAUUUGGUGACCGUAACAUUAUUCUUAGGAAAUUGAAGUUCCUUAUUGAGCCAUGUGGAGAUAACUAACCGGUAGCAAGCGACCCUUCGCUGCGGUUAUCGUGACUUCAGGAGAUAAUGCGCCGCUUAAGGUGCGAUAUACGCGGUUGAUGAUGACGCUGUCUCCGGUACAAAACGUGGCGAGAAUCAGUGAUCUUCAGCCGGAGUCGCCGCGGUAUCUCACACGCUAAUCACGGCGUCUGUCCUCACAGCCCGUAGGAUGAUUGCGAGGAGGCUUUCUGAUGUCUCGUCAGGCGCCAUCUUCACGAUUUCAUCAGUCUAUUUGGCAUGCCUUUUUCGACCUUUUUCAGCGGAAUUCAUUAAAACAAGUAAAACCAUAUGCCAAUGCAUGGAUGCUGAUACGCUUCAAGAUUGUUUGAAGUCAUAAACUGGUAUAUGAGGAUAUCGAUCAUCUUAACUGUACACAUUGCAAGGUGUAUAGUACCAUAAAUACAGGAUAAUAUAACGAGAUAUAGAAUAAGGACACCCUUAAGAUAAGAAUACUUGGUGUAAAUGAAAAAGUUGUCUAUCGCAUGACCUGUGACAUACUGUAAUCUUCGACAACUAUCAUACUAGAGUUUGAUUCAGU